AUGAGCAGCGUCUUGGAACAAGCAUCAGCAUCUCCAAGUGCGAGCAGUGACUCCUCGCCAGUCCUCGUAGAAUCUCCAGAGUGUCAGGAAUUACGCUCUCGUUUAGUGGAGACAGAGGAAGACGAGUCGGAGGACGGAGACACGGACGUGCUGGAGGAGAAAGAGAAGAAGACGACAAGGCGCUCUUCGCGACGAUUGCAGACAGAGCUCGACAUUGCCAGUCCACCAAUUUCUGCAGGUCAUGAAGACGCCAGUGGUGCGUCGCUGUCGUCGUCUUUGCGUUAUUCUCUACGCACGCGACACAACAAACCCAAGCGUUUUGAUGAAGCUAUUUACAAUGACGUGUUUAUGAACUCACACUCGACGUACGGCGCGUCGACGUCCGAGCGUGCAAUGAACAGCAAGAAACGCAGACGACAUCUCGAUUGGAACCGGAGCUGCCGUGCUAAGAGGCAGCGUCGACGUGCAGGCGAGGAAAAGGAAGAAGAUGAAGACGAUGAAGAUGAUGACGAAGAGCACGAGGAAGAAGCAAAUCAUUUGGAUCAGGAAAUGAGCAUACGCGAGAUCAAUAAAAAGAUUAAAGAACAGGAGGAGCGUGAGGAAAGAGGUAAAGCCCAGGAAUUAAAAAGACGGUCGCGCUCGACACGCUAUUCGCUGCGGUCACGAGAGAGUCUCACAUUGAGCGAGAUUAACGGUGUGUCACCGCCUCAGAGAGAGAGAAAGUCUAGCGGGAAAAAGUGGUUGCAGCUGGAGGUAGACAGGGAAGACGAUAACACUAAGGCCGGACACGACGGUAAAGGCGAAAACAACGACUCACAGUCCGAAAGCGGCGAUGCAAACUCUGAGGACGAAAAUGGUGAUGAUGACGACGAAGAAGGACCAUCACGUUCGACCAGGUACCACCUGCGCCAGCGGCGGCAAGUACCUCCUAGCAACAGUAUGAUCACUCGCAGCCGAACAAAGAUUGACUCGACUCCUGUAUUCGAAUCUGAAGCCCCAUCGCGGCGCUAUUCGCUUCGUGAUCGUUCGAAAACCCUUAGGACGGAUGCUGAAGAAGGCACUGCUGCCUCUCCGGAGACACUAGCAUACGCGGCAUAUCAUAAACGUCAAGCUAGUCAUGCUGUUAGAAGAAAUAAUGCAAAUGGAUCCGGUAGCAACGUACGUCUUUUUCUGCCGGAAAUGGAUUCAUCACCCCCUUCGCGCCGUCGUCGAAGCCGUGGAAAGUAUGGUCGUGGACACCGAAAUCGGCACCGUCGCUCUCUGUCGUCCUCUUCUUCUGGUUCGUCGUCAUCUUCUGGUAUGCACAUAGACGACGAGGAUUCUGACGGUGGGAUGCGAACGAGCAGUCCGUGGCGGUCUUCUAAAGGUGGUCGGAAAAGCGGGAGUUCACGUGCUGAUAUCACACCUGUAGAAGUGGAUCGCAGCAUCACUUGGGACAGCGUGGGUGGUCUGAAGACGCACAUUGAAGCGCUAAAAGAAAUGGUAAUGCUGCCGCUGUUGUACCCUGAAUUUUACGAUAAGUACAACGUGGCGCCACCGUCGGGUGUUUUGUUUUAUGGGCCGCCUGGCACAGGAAAGACGCUGCUAGCACGAGCACUGGCGAAUUCUUGCUCUUCGAAUGUCAAAGACGAGCAAACCAGUGGCUUGAAAGGGACAGCGGGUCCUGCGCAGCAUGGAAAAAAGAAAAAGAGGCGUAGGCGGCAUGUUACGUUCUACAUGCGGAAAGGAGCGGAUUGCCUGAGUAAGUGGGUGGGAGAAGCAGAGAGACAGUUACGACUUUUGUUUGAAGAGGCGAAACGGAACCAGCCCUCAAUAAUAUUUUUCGAUGAGAUCGAUGGACUCGCACCUGUGCGCAGUGCCAAGCAAGAUCAAAUUCACGCAUCUAUUGUGUCGACAUUGCUGGCCCUAAUGGACGGCAUGGAUUCUCGAGGCCGCGUUGUUGUUAUUGGAGCAACCAACCGACUUGACGCAAUCGACCCUGCUUUGCGUCGCCCCGGUCGGUUUGACCGAGAACUUGGCUUCAAGCUGCCGAGUGUGAAUGAGCGGAAGAGCAUGUUGGCGAUUCAUUCGAAACAUUGGAAGCCUCCGUUGUCAGACAGGUUUCUGGCAGAGCUUGCCGAGCAAACGGUAGGUUACUGCGGUGCAGACAUCAAAGCGCUUUGCGCGGAGGCGGCUUUGUGUUCUCUGCGUCGCGUUUACCCGCAAGUGUACGCAUGUGAAGACAAACUGCUGAUUGAUCUGGAAAAGGUGCUAGUAGCUCGCGGCGAUUUUGCUAAGGCAGCGAAAAAGAUCACCCCAGCUUCCCAUCGUACUGUCAGCUCGUUUGCGUCACCGCUUCCACGAGUGGUCAAAGAGCUGUUACAACAGCAGCUAUCAAAAGUGUUGCGAGAUGUAUCUCGUCACUUUCCGCUCUUCCCUCUAGAUAAAACAUCCAUCGAUGACGCCGUUGCUACAGGCGACGACGCCGGCGAAGAUUUAGAAGCUGAAGAUGACGAAGAUGAAUGCUACGACGACGUUGACAUUUAUGCGAUUGCGAACCAUGGUGAUUGUGACGUUUGCCAUGGAAACGAGGGUGAGCUAAUUUGCUGUAAUGCAUGCCCUGGAGCUUUUCAUCGCGCAUGCCUUUCGGACAUGACUGUGACUGUGACUCUGGAGGAGAACGGCAACGAUUUCUUAUGCUUCGAUUGUCGGGGCUCGAAUUCUACAAAGCAAAGAGGAGCACAUCGUGCACAAAAAAAGCGCGUCUCGUCUAUAGCUUCGCUUCAGUUGCCUCGCUACUCAGGAUUCCCUCGCGUUUUGAUUGCAGGUAAGGCUGGCAUGGGGCAGCAAUAUAUCGGCCCAGCGUUGCUGCAUGCAUUGGAGGGAUUGACUCACUUUUCGCUGGACUAUCCCUCGCUUGUGGCCGACUCGAACUCACACUUCCCGGAAGAAGCACUUAUCAAGAGACUCACCGAGGCCCAGAAGUGCUUACCUUGUGUGCUCUAUCUUCCGCAAAUCGAGCUGUGGUGGAAGAAUACUAGCGAGUCCAUGCACUUGACCUUGAAGAUGAUGCUCAUGAAUCUUCAAGCACGGGCCAACCUCCCCAUCCUGUUUUUGGCGUGCACAACGUCGUCCUCGUGUGACGAGCAGUGUUUACCGGAGGAUUUGUUGGCGCUGUUUCGGGAGGAUCCGAGCGUAUCCAUGACAUCUGUGAUAACGGAGCUAGAUGCACCAAGCAAGGCUGCUCGUUUGGCUCAUUUCGAAAAGAUAUUUAGCUCGAUUGCGACGCCCCCAUCUAUUCCGACGACCAAGCGAGCCAAGGGUGAAAAGCUCGAGAAGUUGCCGUUGGCGCCACUUCCGCUGGCAACAUCUGAGAUCAAACUGACCCCGGAAGAGCAGCAAAAAAGGAAAGAGCGAGAUUUUCACUUUCUGCGCGAGCUGCGCAUCUUCUUAAGUCAGGUGCUGGUGUACUGCUAUUCGCAGAAGGAAUACACACCUUUCUUCGUUCCGGUGGAUCCCGUGGCAGUUCCAAACUACUACUUGAUUGUGAAGCGUCCUAUGGACCUGAGCACGAUGCGUGACAAACUCAACGACAAGGAAUACACUUGCUUCGAGCACUUUAUGGACGACAUCCAGCUUAUCGUACGAAAUGCCAAUGUAUUUAACCCCAAACGCAGCAGAACACGCCAUAUUGCCCAAGCCGCGGGCACAAUGAAGGACAACAUUUUGUCGUAUGCGCACCGGUUUCGCAUACGACAAGGCUAUGACCUUUUUGCCAAAUGUCGUGAGGUGACCAAGCGUCUCCGAGCGCACCCAACCAUGUAUGGAGAGUAUGGUCAACAGUUUAUGAAAUCUACUGGAAGCAACACCCGCACAAACCACGUUCAAGCCCCUGAAAAGCCCUGCGUGCGCGUUAGUGCGCGGCUUCGUGGUGUGAAAGCCCCUGAAAUUGAUAUGAAUGCAGCGAUUUCUUGUGCGACAGCAAGCGCAAGUAAGCUUACCAUUGAUGAAGUUGAUGUAAAGAAGGAGCCUUCAGAAACUCAAAACAGCAAGGGAGCCCAGCAGUGGUUUGAUGAAGAGGAGGAGGAAGACAAAAAAAGGAGCAAAGAAGAAGGACGGACUAAGACGGAAAGCAGCGAGGAGCCGGACGUCAACAAAGCAAUUAUAGAGACGGAGGAGGAAGAUAGCGAACAAGAAGCAUUUGAUGAGGGUGAUCGAAUCUUUGUGACUAGUCGGACGCACCCCGGUAUCAACCGUGAGGGUGGCGCUGGUGUCGUGCUGAGCCGGAAUAAGGACGGCACAUACAAUGUCAAGUACAUUCUCGGUGGAAGCGAGAAGGCCGUCAGUGUGAAGUACAUUAAACGGUUAACGGACGACGCAGUGAUGGAGUCGGUGAAAACGCAGCGGUCUGUGGCCAACAACUCGACAGACCCGGCUGGUUCCGUGCGACUCAUCCAGGAUGAAGAGCGAAUGGACGAGACAGAUUAUUUCGAUGAACUAUUGUGGCCUCUUUUGAAAGAGGACGGGUGGAGACGCGACGACAAUUUUGAUAUCAUUGAAGCAUCGGGCAAGGAGUCCGGUUUGGCCGUCCAGCGUGUCGUGUUUACUCCGGGCAAGAAGCGUAAUGGCGAGUCCGUGACCCUGAAUAGUGUAUUAGAAGCGCUGGAGUACGUUUCGGCAGACCCUGAGCUGUCGAGAAAAUGUUUUGGUUUUCGGUAUGCGGAACGUAUGAUGACCGACGAAGCUCUUGGCGGAACUAGCAGUGAUGAAGAGACCGUUGAGAUUGAGGAAGCGUCUCCAUAUAAGGAGAAAUCUUCUGCUGGUGAAUUAAACGCUAACGAGCCAAUGUCUGACGUUCGUGACGAGGAGCCGGCUAUGAACGUCCAGGAGACACCAGACUUUAUUUAUGAUGAGGCUCGAAUGGCAGCAGUCUUGACAAAACUGGUGGAAAAAACAGCGAACUGGACUGUUGACAAGCUGCGCGAUGAGCUACUGGUACUGAACAAGCUAGCGUAUCCGUUUCGCAACCAGUUCGACCGCACAAAGCUGAUGAUGCUUAUCGAGAAGCACGAGAUGAUGAUGCAGUGUGACCAAGUCUGA